CGGCCGUCGCACUGAUGUGACGUACAUGCAAUGGGCGGUGUUGGAAAGUCUGAAGUGCUCUGUUGUUGUGGUAGGAUAUGGCGGGCUGUUGGCGCUUUUAAAGGCGGCCGAGUGGCGGAGGAGACACCCUGAGGCUGGUCAUGGCGGUGAGGCCUGACGUAGGGGAAGAUGAAUAAGGGCUGGCUGGAGCUGGAGAGCGACCCUGGGCUCUUCACUCUUCUAGUAGAGGAUUUUGGUGUUAAAGGGGUGCAAGUUGAAGAAAUCUAUGAUCUACAGAGCAAAUGCCAAGGGCCAGUCUAUGGGUUCAUCUUCCUCUUCAAAUGGAUCGAGGAGCGCAGGUCCCGACGGAAGGUCUCUACACUGGUGGAUGAGACAUCAGUGAUUGAUGAUGAUAUUGUUAAUAACAUGUUCUUUGCUCAUCAGCUGAUUCCCAAUUCUUGUGCCACACAUGCCUUGUUGAGUGUCCUCCUGAACUGCAGCAAUGUGGAUCUGGGGCCAACGCUAAGCCGAAUGAAGGAGUUCACAAAAGGGUUUAGUCCAGAGAGCAAAGGCUAUGCCAUUGGAAAUGCCCCAGAACUGGCCAAAGCCCAUAACAGUCAUGCUAGGCCAGAGCCCCGGCAUUUGCCCGAAAAACAGAAUGGGAUCAGUGCUGUGCGGACCAUGGAGGCAUUUCACUUUGUCAGCUAUGUUCCCAUUAAGGGACGGCUCUUUGAACUGGAUGGCCUGAAGGUUUAUCCCAUUGACCAUGGGCCCUGGGCAGAAGACGAGGAAUGGACAGACAAAGCCAGGAGAGUAAUUAUGGAGAGGAUUGGACUUGCCACAGCAGGGGAACCCUAUCAUGACAUCCGUUUCAACUUGAUGGCCGUGGUUCCUGACAGGAGGGUGAAAUAUGAAUCCAAGCUGCAGAUCUUGAAGAUGAACAGGCAAACUGUAUUAGAGGCUUUGCAACAGCUAAUCCGAGUGACUCAACCGGAGCUUGUCCAUACUCAGAAGACCCAGGAGUCCCAGGCAUCUGAAGAGUCCAAGUCAGCUAACAAGACCCCUGCUGCACUGGAACUAGGGAGGGUUCAACUGGCACCUGAGAGCUCACAGGCAGAGAAUGCUGACGAUUCUAUGGGUCAAGGUCAGCCUGCCUCAACCCAGAACCAGCCAAGCAAAUCCAAGCUGGCCAAUAAGCCCCCUGUGGGCAGUAUAAAUGGGGCACUGGCAAACCCCAGUCCCAUUGUGCAGAGGCUGCCAGCCUUCCUGGAUAACCACAACUAUGCCAAGUCACCCAUGCAGGAAGAGGAGGACCUUGCAGCAGGAGUGGGCCGUAGCCGGGUUCCAGUACAGCAGCACCAGCAAUAUUCUGAUGAUGAGGAUGACUAUGAUGAUGAUGAUGAAGAGGAGGUUUGCAAUAGCAAUUCUGCCAUGAGAUUCAAGAGGAAGGGACAGGUGAAGCAGGAUAACCUCGUUGUGACUGCAGAUAGCCAGCUUUCCGUGCUCCAGCCCAACACUAUCAAUGUCCUGACUCAGAAGCUCAAGGAAACCCAAAAGGACCUCUCCAUUCCUCUGUCUAUCAAGACCAGCAGUGGAGGCACCGCAGUUGCGGUUGUGGCCCAUUCCCAACCAUCUCCUACCCCUAGCAAUGAGAGCACAGACACUGCCUCUGAGAUUGGGAGUGCCUUCAAUUCUCCACUCCGUUCCCCCAUCCGCUCAGCCAAUCCCACUCGCCCCUCCAGUCCUGUCACCUCCCACAUUUCCAAGGUGCUAUUUGGGGAGGAGGACAGCUUGCUACGUGUGGACUGCAUGCGCUACAACCGGGCUGUGAGAGAUUUGGGUCCUAUCAUCAGCACAGGCUUGCUACACCUCACAGAGGAUGGGAUGUUCUGCCCACUUACAAUCACAGAUGGUGGGAAACACUCCCCUUCUUUGAGCAAAUCAAGUGAAGAGGUCCAGGCCAUUGUCAAACUGGAAGAGAGAGACUCAAGUGAACCAAAUGAUAGCAAAGAGAAAGCUGGACAAAGCCGGUCAGGUGAUUCAUCAUGUGGGGAAAAGUAUUCUCCGAAGGAGCUGCUGGCACUGCUGAAAUGUGUGGAAGCUGAAAUUGCAAACUAUGAAGCCUUUUUAAAAGAGGAGGUAGAGAAAAGAAAGAAAUUCAAGAUUGAUGACCAGAGAAGAACUCACAAUUAUGAUGAAUUCAUUUGCACCUUUAUCUCCAUGCUGGCACAAGAAGGAAUGCUGGCUAGCCUUGUAGAGCAAAACAUCUCUGUCCGUAGACGGCAAGGAGUCAGCAUUGGGCGCCUCCACAAGCAGCGGAAGCCAGAUCGGCGGAAACGUUCCCGGCCAUACAAAGCCAAGCGUCAAUAGCAUCAGCCUUUGGACAGUAUUCUCGUGUGCACUGCUUGCUGCUGUUGAUCACGUGGUGCAAAUUCCAGGCAUUUCUGUGCCAGUGCUGAGGAGUGGGGCUCUGCAGUGGACUCCUCCGCUCAAACCAUCAGUGUUAGUGUCAUGUUACACAUGAAUCUGUUGCAUUCAGCUGGGCUUCAGGUGUCUGUCUCCCUGCUCUACCAUGGUGGUUGCCAUGUAGGAAUCCCACUUUUAUAUAUAUUUAUAUAUCAUUUUUCCAUAAAAAUAUGCCCACAAUUUGAAGAAUCUGAUGACUUAGCCCGUGAAUUUGUUGUUCAGUGUCCUCAAUCACCCUGCAGUGUAUUUUGCCACAGCUAGUGGCAGCCUUUUGGUAGAACAUUGGGGCUGGUGUUGAUCCAGUGGCGGAUUCAACUCCAGAGAGUCAGAAUCAGUGAGGUUCUGUUCAGUGCCAGUGCUUUUGCUCUGUGCCCUGUGAGAAGCUGACCCUUAUUUUCUGCAUUAAAUAGUGUGGGUUUGUUCUGAUCUAUAUUUUCUUCUGUCAUUAUAAUGGAAUCCAGGUGGCUGCUGAUCUUUUCUGUUGUUGCUGACCUUCUUUGCAUUCCAUUCUGUUCUUCCAUUUCUUCUUUGCAAGUAGGCUUUAUGUUCAGUAUCAGCUCCCUUAUUUUUUCUCUCCAGGUAGCUUGUUUUGUUUGAGGUGAGUGUGCACAAUGGGAAGAGCCCGUGUGAAGUCUUUGUCAUAGGAGGAGGUUGCUGCUCUCUGGUAUUCUGUGCAUAUGGGAAUCUCCAGAGUUCUAAGAGCAGCAGGGGUUCAAGUCUUCAGGCUGGUAAACUUGAGCCUUCUGCUUUUUUUCAAAUAGAGCUGCACAAAAUCAUAUUUAAACCCAACUCCCUUCCCCAUGAUAGUACAGCUUAGAUGUGACUGGAUCAAUGGCAUGAGAUGCCCCAAAUAUUCUAGAAUUAUCGUAGUGAGGAAAGAAUAGCAAAAAGCACCACUGAUGUCAUACAACAACAAUAAUAAUUUGUCUGGAGCAACGUUAAAUGGGUAAGAACCAUGGUUCUGGUAUGUGUGUGUUUCUGGUAUGCUGUGGAAAGAACCAUGUGAUAACAGCUUCUUCACUGUCUCCAGUAAAUGAGAAUUGGCCCCAACUUCUCGGUUUUCAAAGUUAGCAACUCAGAUAAUUGCUUUUAUCCCCAUUGUAGCUGGGCAUAGUCUGGUCAUCACGCUAUGGGGUUAAGGCCUGCCCCAGCCUUAGCUUGCUAGAGAAUCAAGCAUAAUUAGCCCUGCAUGGUACCUAGUUUGGGAUGACGUCAACAGCUGUUGUCCAAAUAGUAGCUGGGUACUUGCCCUAUGCUGGCUAAGCUUCCAUUUUCUACCUCACUGGUUAUUGUCUGCCAUUGCAGUAAGGGAGUUAAAGAUAAAAUCAGUUCUUGUAGCUGGUACCCAUACUGUCAUUAUAGUGCUUAUGUGUUCAUGGUUGCUCCACAGCUCCUUUAAGCAGAUUAGUUUUCUUUCUGUUGUUGGAGAAGAUACCUUGUGUAAAACAUGAAUUUUUGCAUUAUGUGGCCACGACAGCAACAUUUGUAAACAUGGAUUAAAACGAGAAAUAGUGGGCUGUAAUAAAAACUUACUUUUUUACCUUCUCCAAAGUGGUAUUUGAAAGACAGCUUACCCAUUUGCCCCCCUCCCUUGUAAAUCUGAUUGUGAUUAGCUGGAUCUCCUCUUGCACCCCAAGGUAAGAGCAGCCAUUGGACCAGCUGGAAAAUGCCAGUCAUUGGAAUUCCACUGCCUAUGUGAUGCAGAGGCCAGUUUUUGAAAGAAAAAGAGCGUUAAUUUCACGGCUGCAGAUGCAAGAACUUCAGAUUUGCUUUCCCCUUGUUACGAUUACAGGUGCUUUGACCUAUCAGAAUUUCUUUUUUUAUUGUAUGUUGACAGAAUGAUCUGUCCCUUGCUUUAUUGGUUUCAAGUGCUGUAAAUACCAAGUAAAUGAAAUAAAAUGUAUACUUGUUGGA